AUGAGCUCCAACACGCCCAUGGAAGAUGCCAUCCGUGCAAAGACCCUUGAGAUCUACAACGACUCCCACCUUCAUUCUCACCACAAGGCCAUGCAGGGCGUUACUUCCAAGGAGACUCACUUUAGACUCGUGAUCACAUCAGAAGCCUUCAAGUCCAAGAUGCAGCCGGCCCGCCACAGAAUGGUCUACGCCCUUCUCCGGGACGAAAUGGCCCUCGAGGGCGGCAUUCACGCUCUCCAGCUUCGAACCCUGACCCCCGAGGAGGAAGAGCGCCAGAGCAAGAAAAAUGCCGCGGAAGUCGCUGCCAAGGAAGAAGAGCCCAAGGAAGCUUGA